CUCCAGCAAAGAUUUCCUUGUCAUGAGAGUGGCGCCGAGGUCGCGGCUCCAGCGAGCCCUCCGUGGCUUGGGGGUGCUGUGCGGGACACGACCAGUCGCCGUGAUUGCCAUGGCGUUUCUCGUGAGCAUCGUGUGUACGUUGGGUGCAUUGCAGAUGACAAUCCAAAACGAUCCACAAAAGUUGUGGGUCCCGCCCAAGUCCACGUCGGCCAAGCAACAAGAGUACUUUGACGAGAACUUUGGCCCGUUCUUUCGCAUCGAGCAACUGAUUUUCCAUUUCCCAAACGGCAGCGACGACAAGGACGUGAUCACGGCCCCGCUUUUGGCCGAGGUUGCGGCGUUGCAGCACCACAUUGAAAACGCAGUUGUCAACGUCGACGGCCGCAACAUCACGCUGGACGACCUGUGCUUUCGUCCGAUUCCAGGAAAAGGCUGCUUGGUUGAAAGUCCCAUGCAGUACUGGCGCAACAACGUGUCCCUCCUCGCCACGGACCCCGACAUCAAGCUCACGAUUGUUUGUCAAACCACACAUCCACUCCUUUCUACGUAUUCCCCAUGCAUGGAUCAAAAUGGCCUCCCUGUCAUCCGCGACGUCGUGUUUGGCGGGCUGGCCACAGACACGUGCCACACCAACCCCGACCCAUGCGGUGAUGCAACGCCUCGUGCGUCGGCGCUCAUCGUCACAUUCUUACUGAACAACCCACAGAACUCGACGUUUCAGGCGCUGGCAAAAGCGUGGGAAGCCCAGGUAUUCUUGAACACGCGAUUUUCGUCGCCGUCAGGCCUGGUCGUCGAGCGCAUGGCCCAGCGCAGCGUCGAGGACGCGCUGACAGUGGAGACUCACCAAAAUGCCUUCGUUGUCGUGGUCAGCUACGGCGUCAUGUUUUUGUAUGUGGCGUUGGCGCUGGGCAAAGCCCGCGAUCCUGUCCGCAGUCGGUUUGGACUAGGGUUGUGGGGCAUCGUGAUCGUCCUCUUCUCGAUGGGGAUUGCGUUUGGCAUUGCCGUGUUCGCGCUCCAUCUCGAAAUCACUAUGAUCACUCUAGAAGUCGUGCCGUUCUUAAUUUUGGCGAUCGGCGUCGACAACAUGUUCAUCUUGACCAACGAACUGGAUCGGCUCACGCGGUGCCAGCCGCACAUUUCGCGCGGAUUCCAUUCGUUGCCGCAGCUGCUGGGCGACGCCAUGAUGCACGUCGGUCCGUCCAUCACGGUCGCAGCCAUUUCGGAAUCACUUGCAUUUCUCGUCGGCGCGUACACGAAAAUUCCAGCGCUCGAAUCAUUUUGCAUCGUGGCCGCGCUCGCCGUCGUCGCUGAUUACUGUCUUCAAAUGACGUGGUUUGCCGCGGCCUUGGCGCUGGACGCUCGACGCAUUCGGGCCCGCCGGUACGACCUGUGCCCGUGGAUGAAAAAGCCAUACGUCCUCAGCCCGGACAAGACGCGGCAAAUCCGCGCGUACUCGGACGAUCUAGACGUUGUGGAUUCGUCUGUCGUACAGUCCUUUUUGGACACGACGUGGAUACCCGUGCUGUUUGCAAAGUGGACCCAGCGCAUCGUGCUCGUGCUGUGGGUCGCCUGGUUGGCGUGGAGCUCCUACAGCGUCUCGCAGAUCCCCAUGGGACUUGAGCAAACCCUUGCGAUUCCGUCCGACUUUUACCUCCAUUCGUAUUUUGAGGCGCAAAACAAGUAUGGUGAUGCAGGACCUCCCGCUUACAUCGUGAUGCGCCAGGUCAACUACACGGACCGCAACGUCCAGAGGUCAACUAUGGACCUUUUGGACAAGCUGUCGCUGCUGGACACGUAUAUGGAUACCCCGAUCUUUGCUUGGCUCAACACGUUCAACCAGUGGCGUCAAUUGCGAACAUUUCUCGAAGAGAAGCGCGAGUCUGGCGACUGUGACUGCCCUGAGCAGCCAUUGCUACCGUUUUCGUUCGAGACCAAAGCGGGCGCGUCGCACCAAGACGUGACCCCGAUCGAGUUGUUUUAUCCGUUGGUGUACAACUUUACGCGAAUUCCGAUUGAUUCGCAAUGCUGCCAGAGCUUUGGUAUGUGUGGUGCACAGUACGCCAUGGACAUUGCGUUUCAAGUCGGACGCCACGGGGACGUCCCCGACGUUGAUGGCAUCGUUGCGUCCAGGUUCCGCUUCCAAGUGUCCCCGCUGGUCAACCAAUCGACGUUUAUCAACUCGUUCUACUACCUCAACCACUUCACCAAACGGUGGAGUAACCCGAUCGAGCCGCUGCAUGGAAAUGGUACCGAGCCCGUGGCCUUUCCAUACAGCUUGUACUUUGUCUAUUACGACCAGUACUUGACGAUUCAAGGGAUUGCGCUGCAGAGUGUGCUGCUGGCGCUGGGCGUGGUGUUUGUCGCGAUGUCCCUACUCCUGCCGACCCAAUUUGCAACGUGUGUCCUGGUCACGCUGUCCGUUCUGUCGAUGGCGGUGUCCCUCGCGGGCGUCGUGCACUUGUGGAAUCUGUGCUCGUCGCUGCACACGUCCAUCAAUGCGGUGUCUGUGGUCAACAUGGUGGCGUGCGUCGGGCUCGGCGUCGAGUUUUGCAUCCACUUGGCGUCGACGUUUGCGUCGCUCGCGUCCACGACGACCCGCGUCGAAAGAGCCAAAGUCGCCGUAUCCCUCGUCGGGCCGUCUGUCGUGAGUGGCAUUACGUUGACCAAGUUUUGUGGCAUCGGCGUGCUGGCUUUUGCCAAGUCGCAGCUCUUUCAAGUGUAUUUCUUCCGCAUGUACGCUGGCAUUGUCUUCCUCGGCGCCGUCCACGCUCUCGUGCUUGUGCCGGUGCUCCUCGCGACCUGCGGCUCCGAAUCCAACGCGGCCAAGAAGGUCAUGUCUCCAACCCUGGCGCGUGAGUACACGAGAGGCCUGCUCAGCGACGACUCCGAUACGGAGUAGUGGAUGUAGAUGGUGUACAUCUAGUUUAGUAGGACAGACAAGUGACCGACAGGGUCAAGGAGGAUGUGUUUGCGAUCGAAAACUGCUCCCUGAACUCGGGCGAUCACUACGCGUUCAUGCCGAGUCCAGUUGAUGCGCUCGCUGUCACGUUGAACACAACGUUGCGAUACA